CGUGGGCGCGUGUGUGUGGGCGAAUCGAGCCGGCCCGUCUUGAGAGCUCCAGAUAAGAAAACCAGGCCAGUUCCCCCAGUUCUAAACCUCGAGCUCUUUUGCCUUGAUCGUGCUGGGUUCAAGUUGCCCAUUUCUCUCGUUGAAACAAAAGGAGUUCCAGCGUCCUACACUAAAACGCUAUCGCGACCCGAGCAUUCCUUCCGGACCCCUGACACAGUGGCACUCGGCACCGCAUCCAUUGCCGAUUCGAAAGGCAUAAAACCAGCUUAAUUCACUUGCCUGCAAUGCCUCCGCACAUCAUCAAACCUGGCGACCCGCCUCCAGCGUACGACGAAAUCAUGCUCAACAACCGAGGGGGCGGCGACAGCGUCCGACAUGUCCAGACCAGCAUGCCAUGGUGGAACCCGCGAUACUGGCGAAAGAGGAUCUGGUUUGGUGUUGUGGCUGGCAUCUUGAUCAUUUUGGCCAUCAUCAUUGCCGUCGCUGUCACCGUGACCAAGAAUAAUGCUUAUCCGAACUAUACCACGCUGUCGUAUAGCCUAGUUGAUACCUACUCGGGCGACACCUUCUUUGACCAAUUCAACUAUUUUACAGGAUAUGAUCCGACCAAUGGCUUCGUUCACUAUGUUCCCCAAGAACAGGCAGAGUCUCUUAACUUGACCUAUGCCUCGAAUGACUCUGCAGUCCUUCGAGUCGACACCUCCGUCGGCCCCGGAGACAACCCCGAUGCCUCUACAGGCCGCUUCUCCGUCCGUGUCGAGUCCAAGAACACGUACGAAAAUGGCUUAUUCGUCUUCGAUAUUAAGCACACGCCUUAUGGCUGCGGGACCUGGCCUGCUCUCUGGCUAACCGACCGCUCCAACUGGCCCGACAACGGCGAGAUUGACGUCAUGGAGGCGACGAACAAUGCCACCGAUGGCAACCAGAUGACGCUGCACACUACCGACCAGUGCUCGAUGAACGUCCGCCGCAAGGAAACCGGCAGCGCGCUGAGGAAGAACUGCAACUGGGAGAAGAACGACAACGAGGGCUGUGGUGUUUCCGACGAUGACAGCAGCUACGGCACUACGUUCAACUCGGACGGCGGCGGCGUCAUGGCCAUGGAGUGGCGAGAUGCAGGCAUCCGCAUGUGGCAGUUCGGUCGAGGCUCCAUCCCCAGCGACAUCACGAACAAGACGCCAGAUCCCAGCACCUGGGGCACCGCGGUCGCCGAUUUCCCCAACACGAACUGCGACAUCGGCUCCCACUUCAAGAACAACUCCAUUAUCGUGAACAUUGAUCUUUGCGGCGACCUGGUGUACGCCGUGUGGGACGACUCGGGCUGCGCGAGCAACUGUACGGAUUGGGUCGCCAACAACCCUGAUGAGUUUAAGAACGCCUACUGGGAGUUUGGUGCCUUUCACGUGUACCAAUCGUCGUAGGUGAAAAGAGGAUUGUCGAAAAGGAUCCUGCGGGGUGUCUAUGGACCGAGGGCUGUCUCUUACAGCUACGUUGAUCAUGUUUUUGAAGCGCGGCGCUAGGUGCAAAUGGAAUUCCAGAAGGCGUUGGAAAUAUCAUAGGUUUUCAUAGUUUACAU